AUGGCUCAUAAAAUUGAUUUGGGAGUGGCUAUCCGAGUCGUUGAUAAAUACGACGGGGAUGCUGCUUCUCUCCAGUCUUGGUUGGACAACGUGGAUGUCCUACGAGCUGAUGACCCGGAAGUACCGGAAGUCAGCUUUAUUACCUUUCUCAAAUCCCGAUUAGUGGGCGCUGCACGCGGAUCCCUCGAAGGAGUUCAAACCCUUGCGGUAGCGAAAGCCACACUUAAAGAGAAGUUUGCUGUCCAGCUCACCCCCAUAGCGGUGGAGGUUGAAUUGCGAUCGUUAAAGCAGAGGAGUGGUAGAACUGUUAUCGAAUUCGGCAGUGAAAUUGAAAAACUAGCCACGAAACUGGCAGCUGCAUGGGUUUCCAAAGGCCCCCCAUUUACUACCGAAGCUUCCGCUAGGCCAGUGGUGGAGCCUAUAGCCGUACACACCUUUAUAAAUGGUUUAAGAGACAAAUCGGCAGCUUAUUUAGUAAAGUCCAGAAAUCCAAAGACUUUGACUUUGGCUAUUUCUGAUGCAUUGGAGGUUCAACCUCAAUCAUCGACGGAGCCGGCAUUUUGGGCUCAGGGAAACAGAGUUCCCCAUUUCAGUAAUCAUUUUAGUAACCGAAACCCAGGCCGUAGAGGAGGCCGCAGAUUCAAUAAUAAUAACCGUGGUUAUCGUCAUAAUAACAAUAAUCAACGAAAUUAUAACCAAGGUUAUUGCAAUAACAACCAUGGUUACGAUAACCACAACCCUGGAUAUUUUAAUAACAAUCAAGGAUACAAUUAUAAUAAUCGAAGCAAUCUACGUAACUUCAACAAUAACCACAACAAUCUUAAUAAUAACUAUCCUAAUAAUAACUACCAAAAUAAUAAUAACAACAAUAACAAUGGAAACAAUGCUCCUCGGAAUAACAACAACCUCAACAAUAAUAAUAAUCCCCAGAGACGAAAUGCAAAUGUGGCGGAGGAACCACAAGAGCAACAACCCCGAGCAGAAGCAAAUGUCAAACAACACCAAAUCAUCAACGGCCGUGUCUACGUUGGAACUGAAUCCCCCGAGAUAGCCCAGAACAUGGUCCAGAGCCACAUCAUGCAACACGAGCUGGAACACAACGGAAAACCCUACAGCAUUCCUCUAUCCAUGAAGGACGGCACAAUUGAGGUUAGGAUUCAUUCGACCGAAAAUUACCAACCAUCAACUGGUACAAAGGAUGAAUUCACUCUGUGCGAGAAGAGACCUGGCGUACCCAACGGCGUUCGUAUUUUGCGAAUGAUCCUCUCCAAACCGAUCCUAUCUUACGUACAUAUCGAUACGGAGAUACGUGAAAACACUAACUCCAACACCGUAAGCAGCGCUGACGCUGGAAACUCGGCGGAAAACAGCUUCGAUCCCUACGUGGAUUUCACCGAAAUCAAGCGAGCUAGGCGCAGUAAAACCAACAAAACUGUCGACAAAAAAACACAACAGGAUAGAUCCAAGUCCGCCGUUUCAAUUGCUAGUCAAAUUUCCAUCUCCUCGACCGAAUUCCCAACCGAGACGCCAGUGGGCGAGCACGGCUCGGAGAAUGUCAUAUCCUCAGAAUCUGCAGCGGCAUCGACAUCACACAAUACAGAAGACACCAACGAAAUGGACACAGCGGAAACCAACGGCAUCGAAUAA